UUCAAGAGCUCCAUACCCCAAAGAAAUUCGGUUUUUUGUAUGCUCCUUCUUGGCCGAAAAUUUUCACUUUUCACUAGGGUUUCUCCCUCCACCUUCAAGCUCGGAUCUUGACUCUUGGAUUGGGGAUUUCAAGCCUCUUGAUUUGGAUUUGCAAUGUCUCCGCGUCGAUCUCGUCCCCGGAGGAGCCGUUCUCGUUCACAGCAUAGUGAGGAGGAGGUCCCCACGACAUCCUCUCCCGCGGCUUCAUUUUUCGGGGUGGAAUUUCCCGCGGGUAGCCUUCCUCCUCACGCCAACACCGGAUGUAGUCGGGAGGUUUUCUCUUCCGCUACUCUUAGGCAGGCUGUUGGCCCACUUCCUCGGUUCGACGGGGAUCGUCCAAAUGACUCUUGCCGUUCGAUACAGGAAGGAGGGCGCCAUUGCUUGCGCCAACUUAUCACAGAUGCCUCCUUCACCCCUGAUUCUACUUCCACUCAGGUUCUAAAGAAGCCGGGUUUUCUAUUUGGAGAUCAUGUCAGGGAUCCUGCCACGCUGACUCUUUGUGAGGAGCAUUGGUUAACUCUUGACGGUGGAGCCUGUUUGUACAUCCCUUCGAUUCCACGCCACUAUUCUUUCAGUCAUUUGAAGGGGCAAGCCGUGGACCGGCAGAUGUCUUGGCAUCUUACUGAAGAUGCUGAUCGGGUUCAAUGCGGAUAUGCUACUCACCAUAAGACUCCUGGCUCUGAGGGGUAUCAUGACGUGCGUGGUCUACGACCCGGGAUCAUGGGUCUUGAUACUGCACCCCCAGGCGAGGUGUCAGCUGCUGCUCCGACUGUGAGCAACCGUCUGGCUCUUCUUGGGAGACAGUUACCCCCAUCGGAGUACAGAUGUUAUGGCUGGGCUUCCUCCCUAGCCAAAGGGUGGUGGGCGCGCAUGACUGGUUUCGUCUUGGCGCGCUGGGAGAGGGAUCUGAAGAGCAGUGGGUUGUAUGCACCCAUACGAGCUACUAUGUACGGCAUCCCAGUCAGCUGUCGCCAUUUCUUGGCUUUGCUGGAGACUUAUGUGCCCGAUAGCAACACCUUCCUGACCAGCGGAGAGCAGAUGGUUUGGGAGCAAAUUUAG